AUGACCAGUUUAGGUACGAUCGUCUUAGACGGUCAGUCUUCUCUGGGAAUAAGGCUCGUGUUAAAAACGCUGGUGGAAGACACCGACCGACAGCAGCGACUGAUGCAGGGGCUCAUGGAAGCUAAUCGUUCUCUUAGAGAUGAGGUACGGAUGGAACGAGGUCGGGCAUCUCGACAAGAACAACGGGCUAAUGAUUUGGAAAAUGUGGUGAAAAAUAUUAAGUCCAAAAUUUGUCAGCUGGAGGAUGAGACAAUAGCUAAAGUUUGCCAGCAACAGAAUCAAGUCAAAGAACUUCAAAAAGAUCAACAGGCUUCACAGGCAAAAUACCAACAGCAGCAGGAGAAGCUGCAAGAGCAGGAGGAGAUUAUUGCCCGUUUGCAGAAGGAGCUGUGCAAAGCUGGGAUGGAGGAGCAGCGGCGUGUUGCCACCCAAAACAAAAUGUUUUGUCGGUUUUGCAAAAGAGCUCCCAAGUCUCUUCUAGAUCAGCCGUUCCUUUGUCUAAUUGACUAUUACGAAUCUCAAAUUAGUCAAAUGAAAAAGGAGCUAAGGCAAUAUAAAAAAGAUGAAGACCAGGUACAGAGAGAAGAAAGAAGCAAGGAAGAAUUCUUAAAUCUAGAUGCUACUCCUAAUUACAGAGCACUGCUCACGUCUUUCCAGAAACAACUUACUGAAACAAAAGCCAGGAAUGAACAGCUUUUGCUUGAAAAUAUAAAUCUCAAGAAAGAUUUGGAAAUAAGACCAACUGCACAGGAAAUAAAACUUUACAAGCACCAGGUGAAGAAACUAGAGAAAACUUUAAAGAAAACUAUCCAAUCUUCGGGGAGUAGUACUGGAGAUAGACUAGAAGAAAAGAAAGAACCUGAGAGUAUCGCAGGAGUAGACCAGCUGCAGGCAGUUUGCCAGCAAUACUUACAGGUGUUGUCCCAUAUUGAUUCUAUUUUGCGAAGUCCACGAGCUCCUCCGUUAAUAUACAGGCGCAGUAAAGGGCCAGCGCAAAAUUGUAUUAAAGAGAAUGGACAGGAAUGUGGGUUUGAGCACCUUCCGCUUACUAUAGAAAUGUGGGCAGAUCAGCUAAGGGCCCUAAAGGAUUUGCAUAGGUCCUUGAGAAAACUGUCUCUGGAAUUGGUGCCCUGGCACGCUGCGGAUCCGCAGGAGAACAGAGAAUCCAUACGAGUUGAAGACCUCCAGUUCAUAGUAGAUGCAAUUUUGGAAGAAAUAGAAAACAAGGAAAAGACCAGCCAGACACCGUCCUUACCGACCCUGCUGGCGAUAGUCUCUCACUUCCAGAAGCUGUUUGACGUGAAUUCUCUGAAUGGCGUUUAUCCACGAAUGAACGAGGUUUACACAAAGCUCGGGGAAAUGACCAACGCCAUGAGAAAUCUCCACGAGCUCCUGGAGCUAGACAGUUCGGCUCCACCCGCUGUGGUAGUGGAUACUGUUGGGAAACUGUGUGCCGUGAUUAAUGAGAGCGUGACGGAGCAGGUACAGCAGCUCCUGGGGACCCAAGACAUCCACAGUAUAAUCCGUAAGCUAGAAGAACAUGAGUGCUUCUUCCCACCGUUUCAAGCUCUCAUUCAAGACUUGCUCUGUCUUCUAGAGAUCAGUAACCUGGACGAUAUUUUGCCUGCUGUGCGCAGUUUGAAACUGACAAACCUAACCGCCAUCAGCUGGUCUGCUCGAUGCCAGACGGAGAACCACUGCCCUCGGCAGCAGCCCAGGAAGCGGGGCCCAGCACAACGCCAGGCGCGCUGUCACCACGGAGCGCUCCGAGUGUCGCUGACGCAGUAA